GAAGGAGUGCAAACUGACUCUAGUCCAAGUGGAAUCGUCCAUUAUCCAAACAGACAUCGUAUCUUCGCAAUAAAGUACAAAGAAACUGAAGUAUUGGACGUCGAGGCGCUCAACAACACGAGAAGAGCGGACCGAAGCGUCUUAUUCUUCAACCGUGUACCAAAAGUGGGCUCUCAAACCUUCAUGGAACUCUUGAGGAGGCUGUCCAUGAGAAAUGGCUUUUCCUUCAACAGAGAUCGCGUGCAAAGAGUCGAAACAAUUCGUCUUGCCCCUAUUGAGCAGCUUCAACUUGCCAGGAUGGUCAGCAGCUAUUCAGAACCAUCUGUCUACAUAAAACACGUGUGUUUCACGAAUUUCACGGAAUUCAACCUGCCGCAGCCAAUUUACAUCAACAUAGUCCGGGAUCCUGUUGAGAGAGUGAUAUCCUGGUACUAUUACGUGCGAGCACCUUGGUAUUACGUCGAGAGAAAGCAAAUAUUUCCAGACCUACCACUGCCGGAUCCGAACUGGCUGAAGAAGGACUUCGAGUCCUGUGUACUUAAGGCGGACCGUGAAUGUAGAUACCUCGAGGGUGAAAUUCACGAGGGGAUCGGUGAUCAUCGCAGGCAGACGCUAUUUUUUUGCGGCCACAGCGAGAAAUGCACUCCGUUCAACACGGUGGGCGCUCUGGAACGAGCGAAAAUGGCAGUGGAGAAACACUACGCGGUGGUCGGCGUGCUCGAGGACGUGAACACCACUCUCACGGUAUUGGAAAAUUACAUACCCCGAUUUUUCCGAGGCGCCACCGACGUCUACUACGACGAAGUGAACGCGUUCACGAGGAUCAAUCGAAACUUCUUCAAGCCACCGGUCAGCGAGGAAGUGAAAGACAUGGUGCGAGGCAACUUCACCAGGGAAAUCGAGUUCUAUCAGUUCUGCAAGCAACGGCUCUACAAACAACUGAGAGCACUGAAGCUGACGAAAAACACGUACGAAACCAAUAGCUUGUAAUUAUCUUCAACGUCUUCAUUCGAUCCAUGAAAGUGUCGAAUUUUCUUCACCGGAGACGUCGAUGAAGACGACAAAUGAAGCAUCGAGAAGAUUAAUUUCCGAUCAUCUGUUGAUCUUUCUCAUGACAAGGGAAAACAUUGUGACAGGAAGGAAGAAGCUUGACGAUGUUUCUGAACAUAGAGCAUAUGAUUCUCAGAAAAGAUCGAAAGAUCAUUUGACAUCAAAAACGAUAAUUAAUUCGUCGAACGAUUUGAAUUGAAUUUGAUUGAAUUU